AAAAUUGCACUGCUUCUUAUUUGGCGCUCCCUCCAAAACUUGCCACACACACUCAAAGUCUUGCACACAGUUGACAACUAAUCCAUCCUCGGGAACCAAAAUCCCUAAAAAUUAAAUUAUUUUUCGUUUUCCUUUUUCUCUCCGAUGAACUUCUUCUGUGCAACGUAGUUCAUCGGAAAUGGCUAAGUGUCACCGGAGUAACGUUGAUUCAAUUGUUCUCCAUCACCGCCACCAUGCCAAAAACACCACCGCCGGUAAUUUCCGCUUCUCCGCCUCUUCAUUCCGCCGCAUUAUUUUCGACGCCUUAAGCUGCGGCGGAGCCUCUCGACACCACCGACAUUACCACCGCGAAGAAGAAAUUAGCUCUGUCGCGUCGACGGCAACCGUGAAGGAGUUACGCGGAGAAGUGCAAGAAGAAAAGACGGAGAAGCUAUUGGAUCUUCUGAACAUACAGGUGCAUGAAACAAAUGCGGAAUCGAAGAAGAAAGAAGAGACAUUAACGGAGAUGAAGCAUGUGGUUAAGGAUUUACGCGGAGAAGACUCGACAAAGCGGCGAAUAGCGGCAGCGAGAGUAAGAUCACUGACGAAAGAAGAUUCCGAAGCGAGAGGCUCACUCGCAAUGCUCGGGGCUAUUUCUCCUCUCGUUGGAAUGCUUGAUUCAGAAGAUCUUCAUUCUCAGAUUGAUUCUCUGUAUGCUUUACUCAAUCUCGGAAUCGCCAACGAUGCAAAUAAAGCAGCGAUUGUUAAAAUUGGUGCUGUUCAUAAGAUGCUGAAGCUGAUUGAAUCACCUUGUGUUGUUGAUUCAUCGGUUUCUGAGGCAAUUGUUGCAAAUUUCCUUGGAUUAAGUGCUUUGGAUUCUAAUAAACCAAUAAUUGGAUCUUCUGGUGCAAUACCCUUCCUAGUUAGGAUCCUGAAAAAUUUAGAUAAUAGUAGUAAAAGUAGCUCUCAAGUUAAACAAGAUGCUCUUCGGGCUCUUUACAAUCUAUCGAUCAAUCAGACGAAUAUUUCAUUUGUUUUGGAAACUGAUUUGGUCGUGUUUUUGAUAAACUCGAUAGAAGAUAUGGAAGUGAGUGAGAGAGUCCUUUCAAUUCUGAGCAAUUUGGUGUCGAGUCCUGAGGGUAGAAAAGCUAUAAGUGCUGUUAAGGAUGCAAUCACAGUUUUGGUCGAUGUAUUGAAUUGGACAGAUUCACCUGAAUGUCAAGAGAAGGCUUCAUACAUUUUGAUGAUUAUGGCACAUAAAGCCUAUGCUGAUAGACAAGCCAUGAUUGAGGCAGGGAUUGUAUCGUCAUUGCUUGAGUUGACGCUUGUGGGUACAGCCUUGGCGCAGAAAAGGGCAUCCAGAAUACUGCAAUGUUUCAGGCUAGAUAAAGGGAAGCAGGUUUCUAGGAGCUGUGAUGGUGGAAACUUAGGUUUAACUGUCUCUGCGCCUAUUUGUGCUUCUUCGUCUUCUCUUGUGAAGACAGAUGGAGGAGGUAAAGAGUGUUUAAUGGAGGAGGUGAAUAUGAUGAGUGAUGAAAAGAAAGCAGUGAAGCAAUUAGUUCAGCAGAGCUUGCAGAACAACAUGAUGAAAAUUGUCAAGAGGGCUAACUUGCGUCAAGAUUUUGUUCCUUCUGAGCGUUUUGCUUCACUCACUUCAAGUUCAACAUCUAAGAGCCUUCCGUUUUGACGAAUUGCAGUUGAUGGAGAGGAGAGGAGAGUUUAUGAACUAUGAAGUUAGCCUCUACAGCUUAACUACAUCGGUCUUUUGGUGUAGUAACUGUUUUGUUAUCACUGAUGUAAUGGUAAUUGCUUAUUAAAAUCUCAGUAGAUUAUUAUACAAGUAACUCUAGUUUAAGUUUAUCUUUAGGUUCUUUUGUUGUUUUGGGUAUCUGCCAAGUGCUGAUUCAGUUUCUUUGGCAUGAGCAUGAAUCCAUCAACCAUGAAAAAUAAUAGACCUAUUACAGACUAUUGUAUAGUGUAGUAACCAUACCUCCAUCGCUAAGUUUUAAAUCAAAGGUCCAUGGACAUCUUUGAUAUUGCGAUAAAUUGCGGACAGAAUUAUAGCUGAUAUGGUUGCAAUUGCGAUCCUAAUACAGCCUGCACGAUAUAAAAAACCUUAAUGUCACUGUCGCAAUCAAUCAUGGUGGCAAACAGUUUUUUUUAAAACCCUGCUGUUUAUUAGUGGUGGUGGCAUGGCAUGAACAAUUGGGAAAUCUUAACGUUGCAAAGGGUGUUGGUCAUUAUCAUCUUUCAUUUAAACAGAACAAGGACUACACAUUGCCAAUUUCUGUUUGCUGAUUCCAUGUGUUGUGUUUUAAUGAAUCUUCAGAUUAGCAGAGUAGAUGUAAUUUUUUAAUCAUUUGCAAUGAGGUUGUGGGAUGUUAAAUCCUUUAAUUA